AUGUCGACGAUGGCGGAGCCGCUCGGGUUUCCUCCGGGCGCGGACGUCCCGGAGAUCGCCGCGAACGCGCUCCCGCGUGCCAGGGAUGUGCCUCGCUCGGACGCCGAUGCCCACGAGUCCCAGAGCGGCGACGAGUACUUGCCUGACGUUGAAGGGUAUUGCGUUCAGUUCGCAGACGGCACGGAGAGUCGCAUUCGCUUCGAGAGGGUUUCCGGCAAAUGGUGCCCGACGUUCCGGGUGCCAAACAGAGACAUCCCUGUGCUCGCCAACGAGAGCAUGGACAGCAUCGCGGCGAGGGUGCUCGACAUGUUCGAGACGCCGGGCAUCCAGCUCGGUUUCUCCAAGAAGGGGCUCUUGGCCUUGCGCGGCUUCCACACCAUCUUCAACGCCAGGUGCGCCCAGGCGCGCAAUGCAGACAGGGUCUCCCUGUCCGCGCGUCUCGGCAUCGCCCCGUGGCACCUGGCCAUGCUCUCUGCCGGCCUUGCCAUCCUCGAAGUCGGGCGCGGCGCGCGCGAGCCCCCAGAGCUCGCCCUGGCGCCCGCGGCGCCCGGCGCCGGCGGGCCCGACGGCGUCGCUGGAGAAGCCCCGGCAGGCGAGGAAGUCCCCGCGGCGCAGGGCGUGCCCGAGGAAGUAGAUGAAGGCAUCCGGGGGCCGCACUACCCGGACUUCAUCGAGGACACGCACGUCGUGCGGGCGUACAAGCUCUUUGCCGUGCUGGACGCCAUUCGCUCUUGCUGGCACCCCAGGAGGGGCGCGGACACGCCCGAGGAGCGCCUCCGCAGAGCCGAAGUGGCCGAAGAACAAGCUAGCCUGCAGCAGGUUCGCGGCCCGCCUGUUGCCAGCGACGGGGCAGCGGAGGCGGGCUUCCUCGACUACGCGCCGAGUCAGACACAGCCCGGGCGCGAGCCGCGCGCGGAGGCAUCGGCCGCCGCAGCCGCAGAGCCUUCGGGCGGCGCGGGCGAGGGUGGAUCGCAGGUCGCGCCUGCGGCCUCUGCACCGGCUGCGCGCGGGGCGGCUGGCGCGCCUCAGUGCCUCCUCCCCACGGGCGCGGACGUCCCAGCGAUGGACGUCGGUUUCGGCGUGGGCGGGGCGUCGGUGCAGACGCCCAUUCCCGGCGUGACCAUGGUGCCAGACAGGCAGUUGAUGCAGCGCGUCCUCCUCCGUGGCGAGGCUCUGGUAAGCCUGCGCAAGGUGUGCGAUGCGGUGAAGAUGAAACCCGACGGCUCCAGCGCGCAGGUCGCGAAGCCGAUGGGCCUGAAGUCUGACCAGUGCGCCAUUGUCGUCAAAGCUGCCCUCGACCUCUACAACGUCGCCGAGUUCGACCCGCAGGGCUGGGUGACCGAGCGGGAUCGCGGCGCGGCAGUUCGCUUGCGCCUGCCGAACCCCGAGGACGGCACGGCCGUCGCGAAGUACCACAACCUGUUGAUGAAGUGUUGCCGGGUCAGCUAUUCGCAGCAUCUCCAGGUCAUCAAGCAGCGCGAGGAGAGGGGCGGGGACACCAAUGCGCGCGAGGACGCCGCGGGCUGCUUUCCGCUCGCGAGCGCGCCGGGCCGGCUGCGGGGCCGGGGCAUCCUCUUGCUGGUGGGCGGCUGGAAGAAGAUCGUGCACUUCCCCAAACGUUGUCACAAUGUGCGCUGCGGCCGCAAGUACCGCGCUGUCUGGUGCAACUACAUCCAGAUUGGGACGUCACGGCACUGGCACUGCCACGAUGGCGACCCGUUGUACUUCUUCUUCAACUCCACCAUUGGGUUUUCUUCCGAAUGGCUACGGCAGUUUCAUUGCCGCCUUGCCUACCAGCACGUCAGCUUCAUGUCGGAGGCCCAAACGCACCUCCGGACUGCAAGAAUGCGCGGCGUGGCUUCCCUUGUCCCGACCCGGUCAGAUGACUACAUGGCAAAAGUGUGGAUUCUCUGGCGGGCACUGGUCCGUGCCCACGCCCGCGCCGUUCAGUCGGGCGCCGAUCCAGUGGACUCUGUCGGAUCGAUUGAUCUUGCAGUACCUGCGCCUGGUAUCUUGCGCGGGAUCGGCCCAUGGUACCACGGCGCAAUGGAGGCCCAAAGGGCGAGGCAAUUUCACGCUGGUGAGAAGGACGCCACAUUAUUAGUCAUGGAUGGGAACCAGAAGCUCCGUCGCCGCGUCUGCGGUUAUCCGUAUUGCGAGCGUGUCCAUUCGAAAUCGCUGGGCCUUGGAAUGUGGCGCUGUUGUUCCGAGACCCCGGCGCAGCAGCCGGGGAAGACGAAACGCUCUGGCGCGCGUGGCAGCGACGCCGCUGAGGGCGGCGAACCGCCGCCGCCGCAUGGCGGCGACGCCGUUAAAGACGGCGAACCGCUGCUCAAGGCGCGCCGGCAAGUUGCCCGUUGCCCCGCUCAUGCAUCGGCAACGGGCCUGCCUGGCCCGCGGGCGAGGUCCUACGAUAUCCUCUCGCAUCGGCAGAAAAGCGCCCUCACCGACUCGGGCAGGCCAGUCUUCGAGCUGGAGGUCCGCUACAAGUUCAACGGGGCGUGGCUGCCAGCGGACCAGCUCAACGCUGCCGCCGUUCACGCUUACCUGUCCACGAUUGCUGUCAGCGGGAACUUGUCCCAACACAGCGAUGAGCAAUCAUUAGGUCAAAGCUCUUGCAAAACCCACAAGGAAGACAUAAAGACGAAACGGAUGACCGCGCGGAGUGGCGGUUGGCUCUUCGCCAUAUCUGCGUCUGGAUGCAUUGUCCACCUGGACGAAUUCAUGGGGGCUGAGAGCAUCACCCAACGCUACAUGUUUGUGGCACGCUGCUGCGACAUGCUCCCUGGCCUCGAAGUCCUGGUUCACGACGACGCCUGCCACCUGUGCCGGUUCGCGCUCCUCAGAGACGGCCAGAGCGACAUGGCAACGAAUAUCGCCAAGCUGCGCUACAUCACCGAUCCCUUCCACUCCAAGGGGCACGUCUGGAACUGGUGUUUGGAGAACUGCGCGCCGACUUUGCCCGGCAACGCCGCGCGGCUGGCUGGCGUCAAUGCCAAUGCGUGUGAGCAUCGAUUUCGCGACCUCGGGCGCUACAGGGAGAACGUCAACGCCAUGGGGAAGGAGUUCGCACGUUUCUUCUUGACAGAAAUGAUGGAUUUUCGAAACGUAGAUUGGCUCCGACGCGUGAGAUCAGCUCCGUAG